AUGUCGUUCGAGCAAAGAAACCGGGAGGAUUCGCUGGUUGCAGAACUUGGUCUCACCACUCACUUCCAGAAUAUCCCUUCGUCGAUGUUUACCGCUUUCAGAUGCUUCUCCGGGGAGUGCUUCGCAGCGUCAGGUCUGCCAAUUGCAGCCGUCCUGGAGGAUUCCCAUGGUUUGCCUUUCGUCCUGGGCUACGUGGUCUGCUACAUGCUGGUCUCGUUGGGAAUCUACAACGUGAUCCUGGCAGUUUAUGUGGACAUCACCAUGAGAGCUGCGAAGGAGUCGGAGGCCGUGACUGCCGAACAGCAUUCUCGCGAGUCCAUCCGGAUUGCCCGCACGACACGUGAGCUCUUGAAGAAGUUUGCGGCGGCCUACAGGCAGUUUCAGGAUCUGGACGAGACUGAGACCUCGAACAAGAAGCACCUGGACUUCAGCCCAAUGGAGUCCAACUUCACCGACGAGGACAUCCACGGCCACAUCGCCAUCACGAAGGAGCUCUUCCUUCUCGUCAUCCAGGACCAGUCCGUCCAGUUCCUAAUGGAUGAGCUGGAACUCCCCCAUGACCGCGCCAACCUAUUCGAGAUCAUCGAUGCUGACGGGAGUGGUACACUUCACGUCACCGAGUUGGUUCAGGGCCUGCUAAAGAUUCGCGGGGAAGUCAAGAAGAGCGAUGCUGUCGCUACUCUGCUCGCGACGAAAGCGAUCCAGAAUCAAUUGGUGGAACCUUGGUGUCAUUGUUGA